GAGGACACGAGGUUCCCGACUCGCUUGCAGGGAAAUCUGUUACACAGGAAGGAGGUUCACAUUGAUAUAAACUCCAGUAUCUUCACUAACAAUUCCUACCGCACUGCAAAAAAGCAUUUGUAUAUUUAAUUGCAAACUUGUGUAUCUUUGUUAAAGCAAAACCAACACUUAUCUCACCCAUUACCAACUUAACAUCUUAGCAAGUUUUAGUAGUUUCCUCAUUUUAGCAAGAAUAUUACAUAUUUCAUUGCAAGAGUAAAACAAUUAGAUAAGGAUACAAGUGAUCAAAAAUAAUGGUAAGAAGAUCCUACAGAUCAAGUUGCUUCAGUUCCCAGAUAACAGGUAACUUCAUAGAAAUCAGAGAAAGAGGAAUAAACGAAUAAAGAAGUAAGCAAAGCCUCGUGGCUGAAUCGGAUGGAUUUAUCGUGGAAUAAUAGCGUGGGCUGGGAUAAUAAUACCCAUAUCCAGGCCUCGCGUGUGCGACACAGAAAUUGGGUCAAUGCGAAGGGAACAGACGCGGAAUCGCCGAGGAUGAAUCUCGCAAAAGCUGCGCUGGAGGAUUUACUAGAACAAGCGAAAACAUUGUUCAUGUCAACCGUCAGACAAACUCUAGCUAAAAUAAAAAAUCUUUACUUCGCCUGGUUACCGCACAAUUCCGCUGAACACACAAUACUUCUGAGCAACGGUUAUCCGAUAUCUUCGAGUGUCUUCGUUAAGCGAAAAAAAACGGAUUAUCGAUUUUCUUGGUACGCUGGCACAUUCUUUACAUUCCAGAACAUUUUUCUGCCAAAUCAUAGCGAAGCGGUGAAAAAUACAUUCGCUGAACUAAUUUCGUGCUUAAAAUAAAGGCCGUUCGAACCUAAAAUAAAAAUUGAUGAAUUAACAAUCGAUCGAAAAUAAAUCUUUCGGUGGAAACGUUAUUGCGAUGACGUCAAACAUUGGUAUUUAUACGUGCUCUCUUCUGAAUACUUAUUUCAACGUCCGAAAUUCAAACGGUCAAUCGAUCGGCUUGGAAGAUGCAAGGAUUCUCACCAAAUUGCCAGAGUUUUACAAUACCUACUAUUCAAAAGAAUUACACAUGUAGAAAUUCAACUUGAUUUUUCUAAAUUAAGAAAUUAAAAAAUUUGUACUUUUAUGAAUUUGAAAGUCUGACAUUUCUAAAUCUGUCUUAACGCUACAGCAACGAAGAACCUAGUGUGCGAGUGGGCCAUAUAGCGAGACUCCACUUAACAUGCACGUUAGAAAUAAUUCUCUGUACUGAAGUAUUGAAUUUUUUUUCUAUUCCAGAGAGGAAUUUUUUCCAACGAUUCAAAGCGAACACGGAUCAGCUUUUACGCAACGCUAGCCACGAAUUUAUGACGGAGCCACAGAGAGCUCGGAAUUAGCACAACCUGAAAAUCGUCGCAGUAUUUUCGGCUGCUCUAGUAGGUACACGUGUUCGAAAGUUUCUGCAGGCUAUUGACUCGCUGCCUUAUCGCAAAAUUGAGACCUGUUAUAUUAUCGAUCAUAUUUAACGCGAUAUCGCUCUACGUUAAUGGAAAUCGAAAGAGUUACUAAUCUUAAUUUGCACGCAUUCGAUCGAUAUUAUAUAACUGUUCGAUAAAAUCGCAACAAUUAUCGCGAACACGAUAAUUUUGAUCGUGUUACGCCACGAAUAGAGAUGCAAAUCGAUAUACUACGACGAAGUUGCUAGGAAUCAGCCUCUGAAGUCAUCAUAUGUUAAUUAUUCGGUAAAAAGAAGUUAUUAAGAGUUUGAAGUACACUUAAAUUACAUGAAGAAAUAAUAGCUACACGAAAAUAAAAAAAGAAAAAUAAAAAUUACAAUAAAAAUGAUUUCGACAUGCGCAGAAAACCACUGCGCCGAUGCGGUGUAUUCGACGCAACAUAUCUAAUACAUGUACAUCUUCAGAACCAAUAAUAAAAAGCCUUUGUGCAAUUUUAUGCAAUUGA